AUGGCCGCGUGGGGGCUGGGGUUCAGGGAGGAGCGUCUGGAGGCGGGCUGGGAGAGGCGAUUCGCGGCCGAUGCCGCGGCCUUGGAUGCCUGUGUCUCCUUGCAGACGCUGCUGUUCCCUGGCCUGGUGGCGCGCACGCUAUGGGGCCACUUUCGUGCCGCCGACGGCGUGGGCAGUACCCUGGGCGCCGCCGACGUCCUGUGGCUGGCCUUGUUCCUCGCCUGGGCGCCCCUCAUCCUGCUGCUGACGCAGCGCCGCCCCGCCGCAUUCCUGCGCCUGCGCACGCCGCUGGUGCUGCUGGCGCGGCUGCAGCGCCUGCUCACAAUCAUGCGGUUUGCGCCGCUGUUCAAUGACGAAGCGGGCGGGCAGGGGGCGCUGCUGCUGCCCGGGGCGGCACCGGCUAGCUCCCUGGGCAUGCUGAUCUGGCGGCCGGGCAGCAUCUCCACUCUGCUGUGCACCUACAUGCUGCCGCUCAAGUACAACCUGCCCAGCGCGGCGGUGGUGCUGCUGGCCAUGCUGCACAGCACGCUGCGGCAAUGCACGGCCGAGUGCCGCGGCAGCCAGCAGCCGGCGGCGGCGCUGCGGUAUGCAGACGUGGCGCGGCAGCUGCGCUCGAGGCUGCCCUGGUGGCCGGGCAGCGGCGGCGGCGUGGCCGCCUGCAGCAGCCGCGACGCGCUGGCGGGCAGCUGCGGCGCCGACGCCUGCCGGCUCAGCUGCGUGGCGGUGCACGGCUGGCUGCAGCUAGUGCUGGGCACGCUGCUGCCGGUACUGGUCACAUGGGCGGUGGAGGAGGCGUCGCGAUACCGCUUCCAGCGCCGCUGGCUGGAGGUCCAUGGCGAGGGCGAGGAGGGCGGCCAGGCGGCAGCGGCCUCGCUGGCGCGCCCGCUCUCCGCGGCGGCGCUGGCCGCGUGGCUGGCGGUGUGCGCCUGGGUGCUGUGGCUGCUGAUGGACGCGGUGGUGUUGUAG